CUCCACGAGCACACACCAGAAGAAAAACCCUAACGCCGAGUGUGUGGAAGACAGAGAACAAGGCCUUGAAGAUGCAGAUCUUCGUGAAAACCCUAACCGGGAAGACCAUCACCCUCGAGGUCGAGUCUAGCGACACCAUCGACAAUGUCAAGGCCAAGAUCCAAGACAAGGAAGGGAUUCCUCCGGACCAGCAGAGGUUGAUCUUCGCCGGAAAGCAGCUCGAGGAUGGCCGCACUCUCGCUGAUUACAACAUCCAGAAAGAGUCAACAUUGCAUUUGGUUCUGAGGCUCCGUGGUGGAAUUAUCGAGCCAUCUCUUAUGGCAUUGGCCAGGAAAUACAACCAGGAGAAGAUGAUCUGCCGCAAGUGCUAUGCUCGCCUGCACCCUCGUGCUGUUAACUGCAGAAAGAAGAAGUGUGGACACAGCAACCAGUUGAGGCCAAAGAAGAAGAUCAAGUAGACAUUCUACCACAAGGUGCUGCUGCUAUUUCCGAUUAGAACAUUAAUUUUGUUUUGCCAUCUCAAUUUUAGGAACUCAAGUAUGUUUUAAACAACAUUUGCUUUACUGGGAUAAUUAUUACCUAUUUUUCUUUGUACUUGGGAAUUUUGGUUAUGAGUGAUAAUUUUCAGACAUUGAGUUUUGCC